AGUCAUGUAGCCUGUUUGGAGAAACUUACUCGCCUCUCCAUCACUCUACUUCCGCAUGAAACAUGUUUUUUACACUCAGCAUUUUCUGCUGAGCACAACACUCGAGUAAAUGCUGUUUGUUUGCAUGUGUUUAACAUGAACAUAACCUCCUGGAAACAUCUCGACUAGGACGCAACAGCAGCAGACUGUUGACUGCGGUGAUCAUAUGGAGGGAAAACUGGACAUGGGAGAUGUUUCUCCGUCCCAUCAACAACAUCAGCAGGGCAUGUGGAAAUCAUUGCAGGGCAAAUCCAAACUCACUUCGAGCCCCAAACUGGGCAAAAAAGAACGGAAACAAGAGAGCGUAUUUAGGAUAUUUAAAAAGAGAAAGGCUUAUGGUUUGAACCGAGCGAUAUCUUCGUCUCAGCCCAAUCUGCCCAGCGCAGCGGCUCUGGAAAGCGGGAGUGAUGGGGACGAGAGCGGGAAGGCGCGCUGCGGCAUGCCGGAGCAGAGUGGACGUAGAGCGGCCGCAGCGGCAGUUUCGCUCGGUAAGGAGACCGAGACGCUGAAAAGAACCAUGAGCGCUAAACCGACUGUCUCGCAUUUGGUGCGGUCUCAACACAAACCUGCUCAACAAGGAUCCACAAGCACAGAGGGUGCUGUGGUGGAUGGUAAAGAGGAACAGGUCAAUAAAAGCAUGGACAUUAAUGCAGCUAGUAAUGGCAGCACACAACCAUCACUACCCACUUCAGCAAUGUACCAGUUGGAUAUCAUGCUAAAAAGAGGAAACAAUCUUGCCAUUCGAGACAGAGGGGGGACCAGUGAUCCAUAUGUGAAAUUUAAAAUAGCUGGUAAAGAAGUUUUCCGUAGUAGAAUCAUCCUCAAGAACCUGAACCCGGUUUGGGAUGAACGAGUUUGCCUGAUAGUGGACAAUUUACAAGAGCCUCUAUAUAUUAAGGUGUUUGACUAUGAUUUUGGCCUUCAAGAUGACUUUAUGGGUUCAGCAUACCUGCACCUUGAUUCGCUGUUGCACCGGAGACCUCUGGAUGUUCAGUUGGAACUUCAAGACCCUCACUGCCCUAAUCAGGACCUGGGCUCUCUUGAGCUGUCGAUCACUCUGUACCCAAGAGGUCUGGAAGACAGACAGGCCCUCAGACAAGCGAACCAAACAGAACUUAAAACUAAACGCUGGAAGCCUUAUGUGGAUAAAACUAUGCUACUGAGGAGAACCUGGAAGCGAGGCAGUAAGCAACAGCAGAAUCUGCGACUUUCUGACCUGUACAAGAAGUCUCAGCUGUGGAGGGGAAUCGUGAGCAUCCACCUCAUCGAGGGUCGUGACCUCAUCCCUAUGGACCAGAAUGGCCUCAGUGACCCUUACGUCAAAUUCAAACUGGGCCAUCAGAAGUACAAGAGCAAGACAAUUGCCAAAACCCUGAACCCUCAGUGGAGGGAGCAGUUUGACCUGCAUCUGUUCGAUGAGGAGGGUGGAGUUCUGGAGAUCUCCGUGUGGGACAGAGACAUGGGCAGGAGAGAUGACUUCAUUGGCCAGUGUAAAUUGGACCUGUCACAGUUGAGUAAAGAGAAGACCCAUAAAGUGGAACUGGAGCUGGAAGAGGAUAAAGGUACAAUAGUACUGCUGGUCACUCUCACAGCCACAGUUGCUGUCUCCAUCUCCGACAUGUCAGUCAACAUUCUGGACGUCCCACAUGAACGACGACAGAUCCUUAAGAGAUAUAGUCCUCUGAGGUCAUUCUUUAACCUGAAGGAUGUUGGAAUCUUGCAGGUGAAAAUCUUGAGGGCAGAGGGUCUGAUGGCAGCAGAUGUCACAGGAAAGAGUGACCCAUUCUGUGUAGCGGAGCUCUGUAACGAUCGGCUGCAGACACACACAGUCUACAAAACACUGAACCCAGAGUGGAAUAAAGUCUUCACCUUCAAUGUGAAAGACAUUCACUCUGUGCUGGAAGUCACCGUGUAUGACGAGGAUCGAGACCGCAGUGCUGAUUUCCUGGGUAAAGUGGCCAUCCCUUUAUUAAACAUCCGCAACAGUGAACAGAAGGCGUACGUCUUGAAAAACAAGGAGCUGACAGGGCCAACAAAAGGGGUCAUCUUUCUCGAAGCAGACGUCAUCUUCAACGGCGUGAGAGCCAGUUUGCGUACGUUCAAACCACCGGAACAGAAGUAUGUUGAGGAAGAGUGCAAAGUCUCUAAACAGCUGUUGCAGCAGAAUUUUAACCGAGUGAAACGCUGUGUCCUCUUCCUCAUUAACGUGGGCUCCUACAUAAACAGCUGCUUUCAAUGGGAGUCGCCUCGCAGGAGUAUAUGUGCUUUCUUGAUCUUUGUGGUGGUGGUUUGGAAUUUUGAGAUUUACAUGAUUCCACUCUCCUUGCUGCUGCUUCUAACCUGGAAUUACUUCCUGUUGGAAACUGGGAAGGAACCACGCGAGGGAGGUUUGCAAGCAAUGGAGGACCUUCUUGAAGAUGAGGAGGAAGACAGUGACAAAGAUGACAAGGAUUCUGAGAAAAAGGGAUUCCUGGACAAAUUCUACGCGAUUCAAGAUGUGAUCGUUUCUGUUCAGAAUGCCCUGGAUGAAGCGGCUUCCUUUGGGGAAAGAGUGAAGAACACAUUCAACUGGUCAGUGCCUUUUCUGAGUUGGUUAGCCAUAACAGUUCUGAUUGCGGGUGCUACUCUAAUUUAUUUCAUCCCACUACGCUACAUUUUACUGGUCUGGGGUAUCAAUAAAUUCACAAAAAAACUUCGAAACCCUUACCUCAUCGACAACAACGAGCUAAUGGACUUCCUAUCCAGAGUUCCGUCAGAUGUUCAGAUGGUUCAAUACAAAGAAUUCAAACUGGAUUCCACACAAAGCCCCAGCAAGAGAAGAAGGAACAAUCCCUGAUCAUUUCUGCCAUGCAAUUUUAAAUGUUUAAAUCAACAGCCUCCAGAGCAUUGCAUGUGUUUACAAUACACUGUGAAUGUCACAUAGACUUUUAAGGGGAUUAUUUAAAAAAAAAAAGAUAUUUCUAUUGUUGCUAUCAUUGUUAUUUAUGCAAACAUUCCUCCAGGGGUAGUGAUAUUUACAUGGAACAAAAAUGUAUUGUUGUUCAUAUAAUGUACUUUUAAAUAUUUAUAACCCCAUUCAUAUUCUAUGACACUGAUUUUGCAUUACUUCAGUGUCUUUUAAUUUGGGGUUUUAAUUUUAUUUUUGGCCUUUUGCCACUUUUAUUGAAAGAGAUGAUAGGGAAAGAGAGGGGGAAAUGGGAUCGGAAAAUAUUGCAAUCCAGAUUCAAACUCCCAUCGCCCAUGUGAGCACCACAGCUCAACGUAUUGCCCAACAUGCGCCGACUGCUAGGCCGUGGCUUCAAUGAAUUUGUCUCUCGAAAUGUGAUUCUUCUUGAAAUCAGUUGUCUUCGUUUCUGGGGCAAACACAAACAUUUGCAAAAUGAAUUGUAAAAUAUGCACAAUGGGUUACAAUCUGGUUUAAUCUCAGCUUCUUCAAGAUACAAAACUUAAUGGGGUACUUUUCACAUAUGAGGUCAAUGUUGAUAUCAUUCCCAUUGGGUGUGAGUUUUGAACAUGAUUUUAAUCCGUAACCAUGUAUUUAAAGGAGAAAUUGCAUGCUGUGGAUCCAGAUCCAAAUCCAAACAGUGUUUGAAAAUAUUCCUGUAAAUAUACAUUGUGGAAAGAUAAUUUAUGUUAUUUUGGGCACAUAUACCAAUGACCUCUUUCAUACUGAUGUUCCAAUGUAAUAUGCAUUUUUUAUUAUGUAUGCCAUGACGAAUGAUGAUUCAGUGUUUUUUUUAUAGCAUUUGUAUAUUUGUGUUGCUUCUUAACAAGAAUUACUCUUUAUGGUCUAUGAGCAUGUUUAACUGUUACAAAGAUAAAAUUAUUAUUAUUUGGAGGAAUGAAUGAAUGAUUUAUAAUUUUACCUUUUGGAAUAAUUACAUUUAGAAAACUGUACAUUUAGAAAAAGAACAAAUGUAUAAGCAUUGACCUUGCAUACUCAUACAGGGAUGGAACCAACCAAUGAGAAACUCUUUGGUCAUGAACUUGGUGUUAUUAAACAAAAAUAAUGAAACAAUAUACAUUUUUAUAUAUAAUAUGAUUAGUUUUGGUAUUUACAGGUCUUCAAAAGUGCAGAUUGUUCAAAACUUCUAAAAAGUAUUAAUACAGGAUAUUCAAUGAGAAAAAACUAAGUUGGAUGCAACUUGAUUGUAUACUCCAGUAAUGGAUUGAAUCAUGUAAAGUAAAAAUACCACAAAUACAAACAUGUUUUCCUUUGAAAUCAUGUGCAUCAAUGCAUUCCUCAAAAUAAGAUCAAGAAUGUGCAUAAAAAAAAAAAAUAGGAUCAAUUUUGGUUUCAUGCUGACUUUUAAGUAACCCUACCCUCCAAAAGAAAAUGAAUUCAUUAAUUAAAACACAAAUU